GUACUUCAAUCUACCAUGAAGUUUCUUGUUGCUUGUCUGUUUAUUUUCGGCGCCGUAAAGGCGGCUGACUGGGCAAAUAUUCGCCCUUUUUACAAGACGCGUCCAGGACUGCAACCGGUGAUCUCGAGCAGGAUCAUCGGGGGCGAAAUUUCUGAGGCGGGACAGUUCCCUUACCAGGCUGGUAUCACAAUUGACUUGCUAGGUUUUUGUGGCGGCUCUUUGAUUGCUCCAAAUAUUAUCCUGACUGCUGGACACUGCGUGAAAGGAUCCAUUUUUUGGGAGGUUGUUCUUGGCGCACAGAAAAUUAAUAACGAAACUGAGCCCAACCGUCAAACGUUCACAACCCGAAAUCGCACUUUGCACGAAGGCUACGAUGAAACCGUUAUUAACAACGAUAUUGCUAUCCUCGUUCUUAACGAAGACGUGGAAGGCCCAGGAAUCAGUCCUGUCCGGCUUCCAUCUAGGUCUCAGGUCAGCAACACUUUUGAUGGUGUACCACUUACCGUCUCUGGAUGGGGAAGGACUCAGGACUGGAAUCCUUUCACGAGCAAUGAGCUGAGAUUCGUCGAGGUUACCGGCAUUAGCAAUGCUCUCUGCGCGGAAUACUAUGGCAUUGAUAUCAUCAACGAAUCUAAGCUGUGCAUCGACACGCUUGGUGGAAGCGAAGGCACCUGCAACGGAGACUCCGGUGGCCCCCUUGUCUUCUACGAGGAUGAUGGUCUGCCCACUGAGGUCGGCAUCGUCUCCUUCGGUUCCUCUGCUGGUUGCGAGUCUGGCGCUCCUGCUGCCUUUACCAGGGUCACAGAGUACCUUGACUGGCUUGAAAUUAACGCUGGUGUCACUAUUAGACAUCCAGCAAGUCGGUACCUCAUAGCCACCAUGAAGGUUCUUGUUGCUUGUCUGUUGUUGGUUGCCGCCGCCCAGGCCACAGAAUGGGCCAAGGUUCGCCCUGUCUUCAAGACGCGCCCUGGUCUUCGCGCUGUGAUGCCCAACAAGAUCAUUGGCGGAUCUGAAGCCACUCCCGGACAGUUCCCCUUCCAGGCUGGAGUCACCAUUGACUUCGGAGGCUUCUGCGGAGGCUCCCUGAUUUCCGAGACUGUUGCCCUGACCGCUGCUCACUGCGUUGAUGGAUCUUCCAUCUGGGAGGUUGUUCUCGGUGCUCAGCUGAUCAACGAUAACAGCGAGCCUACCAGGCAGACUUUCCUCACCUCUGAUGCCGUCGCUCACGAGAACUACAACGCCUUCAACAUCAACAACGAUAUCGCCAUCAUCAACCUUGGUGGAACCGCCGGAUCUGACGUUAUCAGCCCUGUCAGGCUUCCCUCCAGGUCUCAGGUCGGAGAAACCUUCGAGAACGUUGUUGCCCGCGUUUCCGGAUGGGGCAGGACUUCUGAUUCCAACCCCUCCAUCAGCCCUGUGCUGAAGUACGUUGACGUCACCGUCAUCAGCAACGCUGAAUGCGCUUCAUACUACGGCAACAUCAUCAACGAUUCCAAGAUCUGCGUCGACACCAACAACGGUGCUGAGGGAACCUGCAACGGAGACUCUGGCGGCCCCCUGACCAUCACCGAGGCUGACGGCCAGGUCACCGAGGUCGGCAUUGUGUCCUUCGGCUCCUCUGCUGGUUGCGAGUCUGGCGCUCCUGCUGCCUUCACCAGGGUCUCUGAGUUCCUUGACUGGCUGGAAACCAACGCUGGCGUCACCAUCAGGCCUUAAGAUGUCACUUAUUUCAGAUUGAAAUAAAACUAAAAUUAAACAAACA